AUGAAAUUUGGUCAAUUAAAACUUCGCCCAAUAAUUUCUUCCAAUUUGAAAGCAGAAAUGGAAUAUAAUCAACUUCGUUUAGAGCAAGUUCUCUCUCCUUUGUUGGCGCUUAUGUAUGGGACUGGAGACAAUGUACCUAACAAUUUAAUUCGUUCUUGUCUUAUAUUUGCUUGUGACCAUGGAAUGAAAAAAAUUGUUAAGGAAUUGGAAGAGAUGAUUUGUAAUGAAUUAAUUACUGGACCUAAUAUUCUGCUUAAUCAUUUCCAAUUUGCUGAGAGAUAUCAUUUGAAGAAUUUGGAACGCUUUUCUCUGUGGCAAUUGGAAUGUGAAGAGUAAAUAAAUUUAUUAAUUAAAGCUGGACCUCGGUAUAAGAUAACCUCUUGGGGCUGAAAAAUAGUCUCUUGUAAUGGGGUGUCUCUUAGAUAGAGGGUAUCGCUUAGAUG